AUGGCUGAUUCAGAUUCUUCCGCUGCCAAUGACAAUACCAAGGCAAAACUCACAUCAGAAGCAGCCAUCGAACCUACCCUUAAACCUUCUGAUCCUCGUUCCCCAUUUUUCAUGCCCACAUCUGAUAGCCCUGGCUUAUUCCUUACAAAUGUGGUGUUGAAAGGAGAAUCUAACUAUGAUGUCUGGGCCAAAGCAUUUAAAAAUGCUCUCCUUUCCAAAAAUAAGGUUGGCUUCAUCGACGGUUCUAUCACCAAACCUGCCAAUGAUGCAUUUGAUGAAACCCACGCUUGGACUCUUUGCAAUUCCAUGAUCAACAGUUGGAUACACAACACUAUUGAUCCUCUACUCAAGCCAUAUAUUCAUUAUUUCCCCACAGCCAAGGCCCUUUGGGAUGAUCUACGGGAACGCUACUCCAUUCAAAAUGCUCCCAAAAUUUAUCAACUGAAAGCAAACCUUUUCCAGUUGCGACAACAGGGCAUUUCGGUCAGUCAAUAUUAUACCAAACUACGGGGAGCUUGGGAUGAACUUGAUGAUGCACGCGCACUACCUGAUUGCCCUUAUGGUGCUCAUUGUCCUGUUACUCAACAUAUCACAAAAGAAAUGGCUGAUGAUCGGGUCUAUCAAUUCCUCCUAGGCCUGGACAACGCUAUGUUUGGCACAAUCCGCACACAACUGCUGAACCAACCAAAUCUACCAUCUCUGAACAAAGCGUAUUCCACGUUAGUUCAAGAAGAGACUCAAUUCCAUAUGGCUCAGACUCAUGAAACCCGAACUUAUGUGCUCAGCUAUGCUAUAAGAGAUAUUCAAAAACUCCCUUCCUCCAAUGCUGAUCCUGUUCGAUGCAGCCACUGUGGUAAGCUAUACCAUGAUGUCUCUAAAUGUUACCAACUUCAUGGCAAACCACCCUAUGGUCGGGGUAGAGGACGUGGCAAACCCUAUGACAAAAGGAACUACACAAUUAGUUCUCCUGCACCACAAACCGCAGCUGCCAUACCUACGUUUUCCAACCCGAAUUUCGUUCUAAAUCUGACUCCUGAGAUUCUUCAGCAGAUUGCCAACAUGGUUGUCUCUCCCUCUACACCCUCUGCUAAUACUACAACACUUUCUGGUAAGCACAUUCCAAAUUACACCUGGUUAGUGGAUAGUGGUGCUUCUCAACACAUGACUGGGAAUCUUCAAUUAAUCUCGAAUGUUGAAUCCAUUCCACCUACUUCCAUAGGCUUACCAGAUGGUGAUCAACUCGUAUCAGUUCAACGAGGAAUUUUUCAGUUGACAUCCAAUAUUAUUCUUCAGGAUGUGUUAUAUGUUCCACAAUUAAAAUGCAAUCUUAUCUCAGUUGCUCAAUUACUUGCUGAUACAAAUUGCAUUAUUUCUUUUACUCACACUGGAUGUGAAUUGCAGGACCCCACAACGAGGAUCAAGAUUGGACUGGGUAGAUUGCAGGCUGGUGUUUAUGUGCAUGACUCCUUAAAUAAAAGAUCCUCCCUUACUGCAUGUACUGCUCAAAAAUAA